GCCUGUACGCAAGCGCGCACUCUGUGCGGAAGCGACAGCGCGCGUGGUUUGGUCUUGUGGAGGGGGCGAUGCAGACUGACGCCAAGAUCCGCACUGCGGGUGGAACAGAGCCGGGCCCUCAGGGCCCCGGCUGCAGCCUCCGGCACUUUGCCUGCGAACAGAACCUGUUGUCCCGGCCGGAUGGUUCUGCCUCUUUCUUGCAAGGGGAUACCUCCAUCCUGGCAGGCGUGUACGGGCCGGCUGAGGUGAAGGUCAGCAAAGAGAUCUUCAAUAAGGCCACACUGGAAGUGAUCCUGAGGCCGAAGAUCGGGUUGCCUGGCGUAGCAGAGAAGAGCCGGGAGAGGCUGAUCAGGAACACGUGUGAAGCGGUGGUGCUGGGGACGCUGCACCCCCGUACCUCCAUCACCAUCGUGCUGCAGGUCGUCAGUGAUGCUGGCUCUCUCUUGGCCUGUUGCCUGAACGCCGCCUGCAUAGCAUUGGUGGACGCAGGUGUGCCCAUGCGGGCCCUCUUCUGUGGGGUCACCUGUGCCCUGGACUCUGAUGGUACCCUCGUGCUGGACCCCACAGCCAAGCAAGAAAAGGAGGCCCGGGCAGUCCUGACCUUUGCACUCGACAGUGUGGACCAGAAGCUGCUCAUGUCCACCACCAAGGGGCUCUACUCUGAUGCUGAGCUCCAGCAGUGCCUGGCCGCAGCCCAGGCUGCCUCGCAGCACGUCUUCCGCUUCUACCGGGAAUCACUGCAGAGGCGUUACUCCAAGAGCUGAGGCAAGCUGGGGCACGGCGCCCCUCCCGCUGCCACCACCCACUACCUCCAGUGCAAAAUAAACUGGCGUCCCAGCA